AUGUGCGGUUUAAUUGUGAUAACAUUAUCAAAUAGAUUUCCACUUUCCAAUGUUAGAAGACUUGAGAGAAUCAUUAAAGUUAUUUGUCUACUAAACAUGCCACAAGGGUCGUAUCUAAGUGCAGCGGUCGCUACAACAGGCGUCCUCGCAGGAGCGUACUGUGUGUAUCAUCUUUAUAAUGAAGCUCAGAAACGUAAGCUACCAACAACAUGGAGGGAAGUUGGCUCUCUGAAGGAUAUUUAUAUAUAUCCUAUCAAAUCUUGCGGUCCGGUGCGAAAGGACAGAGCUGAAUGUACUUUACUCGGCCUGAAGGACGGUUGGUUAAGGGACAGAGCAUUAAUGGUAGUUGAUGAUAAAUACAACUUCAUCACUGCCAUUUCAUAUCCAGUUUUGUUAUUGGUUCGUCAAACAAUGAGAAAUUCUGUCUUAAUUUUACAACAUAGUGACAUGGAAAUACUCUACGUGGAUCUAUCAGAGGUUGCCUUGAAACCUAUUCAAACCUCAAAUGUAUGUGGUGUUGAGGUUCCUGUACACGACUGCGGGUAUGAAGCGAGCGAAUGGCUUUCAAGAUUACUAGAUAAUUCUGCAGACAACUUCAGAUUAGUACUUUAUGCUUCCAACAAUUCUCGCAAGUUAAAAAUACCCGCCAAUAAUAUGUCCAAAUUUCGUAAGACAGAUACGGGAGCACUUCCAGAUGAAUUACCAUUUCAUUUAAUGAAUCAAGCCUCUGUAGACGAUCUCAAUACGAAAUUGCAAGGAAACAAAGUUUGUUACAAAAACUUCAGACCGAACUUCUUAAUAACCGGCGCUGGACCUUACGAAGAAGACGACUGGAAAUAUGUUAAAAUAGGAGAAAACAUUUUCGAAGUAAUCAAACCAUGCACGAGUGACACUACUGAACCCGAAUCCAGACCUUCAACCGAAAAUGUUUCACAGAUCGGACUACAUAUGAUACUUUGCUCUGGAACCGGAGGCUUCGUCUCGAUCAAUGAUCGUGUUUACGUUGCUUAA